AUGUGGUCUCACGAGCAGCUUGCGUUGGAACUCUUCGACGCCGGCGCAGUCCGCCUGGGCGACAUAGAGGCCAAGGCGGGCCGACGGACGCCCAUCUACUUCGACCUGAGGGUCAUCGUUUCUCACCCCACCAUUAUGAUGGCGGUAGCACUGCAUCUCCAAAAACUAGCAGCCGAAAUAAAGCACGACAUCCUAUGCGGAGUGCCGUACGCCGCCCUCCCGAUCGCCGCCGUCAUGAGCGUCAACACCGGAACCCCCAUGAUCAUGAAACGAAAGGAAACUAAACUAUACGCCACCAAGAAAAUCCUCGAAGGAAUCUUCCGACCGAAACAAAAAUGUCUCGUUAUAGAGGACGUGGUGACAUCUGGCGGCAGUUUGCUAGAAACAGUAAGCACGCUACGCAACGAAGGCUUAAGCGUCACUGACGCCGUAGUAGUUCUCGAUCGAGAACAAGGUGGCGCUGCUGUGCUCAAAAGGAAUGGCGUCACUGCACACUCGCUUUUCACAAUGAGCGAAUUAGUGAAAAUUCUUAAAGACGCCUGGCGAUUAACAGAUGAAAUUGUAGAAAUGGUUUCUGAUCAUAUAAAAGUAUGUCAGUUCGGUAUUGGAGAUAAUUUAGAAAUAGCUGAGCACUAA